CUUGGGAUUACCAUUUCAUUACCUUGAGUCGGACAUGUCCGCGAGGUUCAAAUUGCUCCUGUGGACAUAAAAACACAAGCAACCUACCUGGCGUCAUGCACAAUCUUGUCAUCUCGCUCCUGGACCUCAGGACAGUAUUCCAUUAGGGGCAUUUCAUCAAUAGGACUCACUUUGUCCCGCAUCCUUGGGUCAUAAGCCAUGUCAAUCCGGAUGUCGGACGACGAACGUCUCCGGGCCAGGAAGCCGCUGGCGCCGCCGCAGCCAGGAUAUCUGCCAACGGCAGGGUCGCCAUUGACGGUCGACCAAGAACUGUACAAGGCCAUCCAGCAGGGGCCGAGGGAGCUGGUUGAAUCGUUUACGUUACCUAUCCGUUCCGGGCGCGCGUGGAAGGCACCGGCCAAGAGCAUCGUCAGGAUAAGCACCCCUGAAGGGCCUCAGGUGGGGGACUUGAACAUCUGGAACGCGGACAAUCCACGGGAGAGAUUUUGGGCUUCUCGAACGAAGCAAUUGCACUGUUCCCACGUUACAACAUAUGAUCGUCUCUGGUCAUGCCUUCCGUUCAUGCGUCCUCUAUGUACAAUCAUCGCCGACUCGCUAUCCUGGUACGGUCAGGACGAGACCGGUGGCCGCGUCCACGAUCUGCUCGGAACCCGCUGUGAUCCGUAUAUCAACACCCUAUUGUCCGGGCCGGAAGCCUCGUACGAUUACCACUGCCAUUCCAACCUGACCAGAGCUGUCAUGCCCUUUGGUCUCACCGAGUACGAUGUGCACGACGUCAUCAACUUGUUCCAGGUAACAGGGUUGGACAACAAGGGCAGGUACUUCAUGAAUCCUUCCCCGGCGCACGCGGGCGACUACAUCGAAUUCUUUGCCGAGCAGGACCUGUUGAUGGCAUUGUCAACAUGUCCUGGCGGAGACCUGUCAUUGUGGGGGUUCGGCAGCGACAGCGAGAAGGAGAUGAUCAACUGUUGUCGACCACUCAAGGUCGAAGUGUUCAAAAUGGUGGAUGAGGCAAAGAUCUUGGCCGGGAAAUGGGAAACCGCCCAACGCCCAGAUUACCGUGGAGCUCACGGCAUGACAGUCCCUGAAGGAGACAAGAGAUAAGGUGUCGGAAAGGGCAGAUCAAAGUCUGGCUCUUGGGGAGCCAUGAUAUCGUCACCGGCUCGCCAUCUCCUGUUGACCUUUUGUAGCCUUGACAUCUUCCGGCUUGUUGAAGACCACGGUCAUAGCCUCCUCCAAUAUUGCGAGACCACGGUUAAUCUCCUCAUGGGAAAUGACUAAAGGAGGCACAAUUCGGAGAACGCCAUCACCAGCUGUGAUAAUGAGCAAACCUCUCUCUCGAGCAGCCGUGAUGAUUUCCGUAGCUUUGUCCUUGGCAGAGUCGCUCAGUUGGUAACCGACAAUCAGUCCCCUGCCCCUGACUUCUGAGACAACACCAGGGAAUUUUUCCUUCAUCGUCUCGUACGCACUGAAGAAAAGAGUUGACUUGAUCCUGACUUCCUCUUGUAGCUGCGGCUUGGCCAGGCGUCCGAAGACAUGGUGAGCCACUCUACAAGCAAAAGGGUUGCCACCGAAGGUGGUACCAUGAUCGCCUGUCUUAAUGAAAGGUGCAACAGUCUCGCCAGACACGAGAGUCGCUCCGAUUGGGAUUCCAUUACCAAGAGCUUUGGCGGAUGUGAGAAUGUCAGGAUGCACUUCUGAGGCGGUAUAGGCCCAGAGAUCCCCGGUGCGUGAUAGACCGCACUGAAUCUCGUCGAAGAUCAGCACAGCUCCAACUUCGUCACAUCUCUUGCGUAGUGCCUGCAAAAAUUCUGGAGUAGCCAUGUUGAUACCUCCUUCACCCUGAAUGGGCUCAACAAUCAC